AUGAUGGGGAGCGAUGGAGCGAGAAAGAGGCGCACACGGGCGCCGGGGAAGGCGCGGACCGAGGCGCAAAGCUCUCGUCUAGGUCUCCAACUGUCGCCGCGCCGGCAUGGCAGGAAUCGUGCCGGUGAGCCCCGCCUCGGGAUCUCCAAACUUGGAAGGGGCGAUGGGCUCUCUCCACUGGCCAGGCGCAGCCCGGCCCGCGAGGAGGACCCACCCCGGGGGAGGCGAGAAGCCGCGCUCGCCGUUGCCCUUUGGGCGCCUUCUGGCGUGAAGCCUCUUCGGCGGCGCGCCUUGAAGGUCGAGUUCGCUCCGUUCAACAUCCCCCUGGAGAGGAGGCUGCAGACGGCCGCCGUGUUUCAAUGGGUCUUCUCGUCCCUGCUGCUAGCACAAUGCUGCUGUGGAAUCUUCAUGAUAUUUGUAUUUGGAGAUUACUGGUUUAUCUCGGCUUUUUAUGCACUCUGGCUAUACCUUGACUGGGAAACCCCCCAAACUGGGGGGCGAAGAUCCGAGUGGUUCAGAAACUGGACUGUGUGGAGAUACUUUAAGGAAUACUUUCCAAUUCAUCUCAUAAAAACCUCAGAUUUGGAUCCAAGCCAAAACUACCUCUUUGGGUUUCAUCCUCAUGGCGUCCUUGUCGCUGGAGCUUUUGGAAACUUUUGCACAGAAUACACAGGUUUUAAGAAGUUAUUCCCUGGUCUGACUCCAUACCUACACGUCUUUCCUUUAUGGUUAAGGUGUCCUUUUUUCAGAGACUAUAUUAUGUGUGCAGGGCUGGUUUCAGCAUCCAAGAAGAGUGUGUCUCAUGUACUCAGCCAUGAAGGUGGUGGAAAUGUUGCUGUGAUUGUAAUUGGAGGAGCAGAAGAGUCUUUAGAUGCCCGUCCUGGAAGCUUAACUCUUAGCAUCCUCAAAAGGAAAGGGUUCAUUAAGGUGGCUUUGAAACAUGGGGCUCAACUGGUCCCAGUGUUUUCUUUUGGGGAAAAUGAACUGUUCAAACAAGUUGCAAACCCAAAAGGAUCGAGGCUCAGAACAUUGCAAGAGAAAAUGCAGAAGAUUAUGGGGUUUACAUUGCCUUUGUUUCACGGCAGAGGAAUCUUUCAAUAUAGCUUUGGCGUGAUGCCUUACAGGAAACCUAUUCACACUAUUGUUGGGAACCCUAUUGCUGUGAAACAGAAUCUGAAUCCCACCGUUGAAGAAAUUAAUCAACUCCAUGAGAAAUAUCUGCAGGAACUCCAGGAGUUAUUUGACAAAAACAAAGAAAAGUACGGGAUAUCAGAGCACGCAUCUCUCACGUUUACCUAAAUGCAGGUUCAAGUACAGGGAGAAUGUGAUUCAGAAGAGUUGCUUGCUGGUGAAAAGCAACUUUUUACCCCUUCCAACCCUUCUCUCCAACAACUUACAAGAGUUACACUAUUCUUGUGUAACUGGGUACAAUGUGACUCAU